GGUCAUCUGUCGGGAGGGGUCGGAUGGUGUCUAACUUGAUGGAACGAGGGGGUAGGACCGGAUGGCCUUUGGAGUACCUCCCAGCUUGAGGACUGAUCCUUCUGCACACUCAGCCCCCGUACUCUCUAUCUCUCUCUUGCUGUUUUCUUGCUCUGGGAAUUGGCCCGUUUCCCUGUGUGGUCCUCCCACAUUGGGCUCCUUGGAGAUAAAAAGCAGAUCGCUGCAAAGGGAAGGAGGCCGGAGCAAUGAAGCUUUUCCCUUUGGUGGUUCUCUUUCACUUCGCUGCAACAGGGACAAAAGGCAAGAUUUUCUCAAGAUGCCAUUUGGCCCAUAUUCUGCAAGAUGCCAAGGUGGAGGGAUACGAGGGCCUCGGCGUGGCUGACUGGGUCUGUUUUGCUACUCAUGCAAGUAAGCUGGAUAGCGCAGAAAUCCUUUCAUUUACAGGACCGCACAGGAAUUAUGGGAUUUUCAAACUGAGCAACACAGAUCAUUGCCAGGAUAAUUCCAGAGAAUCAUAUACAAAUCUCUGCCAAACCUGCUGCACUUAUUUCGUAAACGAAGACCUAUCAGAUGAUAUUCAAUGUCUUAAAAUGCACAUCAAGAACAAAGGGCUGGAUUCUUGGACUGCUUGGAGAUCAAACUGUGAAGGCAAAAACAAUUGGGACUAUGUCAAGGAUUGUGGGCUCCCGGUUCCCAAAAAUGACACCAGACCUGAUGCCAGUCUGGAGAAAGAAAAAGAAUGAAAAUAUUAGUUUAACUAUGAAAGAACCAUGAAAGAAAUACAAGUAAGAAAAUCGAAGGGCAGUAGAGAACAAAAGCAACUUCAAGCAGACUCAAAAUCCUGACGAAAGAGACAGGAAGUCAGCCAACAACCCCAUCCCCCCCCCCCCAUACACACACACAUUUCCCCCAUCUCCCAACUUUCCUCUUUUUUCUUAUCCCUUCUGUUUUUUUCUUAACCCUUCACUCUUUUUCCUAAAUGUCUAAUUUUAUGAGGGUUCAAUGAAAAGUAAUGGCUCCACCUUCGUUACUUGGGUUUGGAUGGGAAUAUUUUAAUAAACAUAUAAAGAAUC